ACAGCUCUAAUGAGCAAAGAGAAAUGAGAGUCCAUCAUUACUUUAAGACAUGUCAGUCAAUGCGGAAAAUUGAAAGAACUUUGAAAGUUUCUUCAAGCGCAGUCGCAAAAACCAUCAAGCACUAUGAUGAAACUGGCUCUCAUGAGGACCGCCACAGGAAAAGAAGACCCAGAGUUACCUCUGCUGCAGAGGAUCAGUUCAUUAGUUACCAGCAACAGAAAUUGCAGCCCAAAUAAAAGCUUCACAGAGUUCAAGUAACAGACAUCUCAACAUCAACUGUUCAGAGGAGACCGCGUGAAUCAGGCCUUCAUGGUCGAAUUGCUGCAAAGAAAACACAACUAAGGGCACCAAUAAGAAGAAGAGACUUGCUUGGGCCAAGGAACAUGAUCAAUGGAUAUUAGACCGGUGGAAAUCUGUCCUUUGGUCUGAUGAGUCCAAAUGUGAGAUUUUUGGUUCAAACCACCGUGUCUUUGUGAGACGCGGUGUGGAUGAACGGAUGAUUUCUGCAUGUGUAUUUCCCACUGUAGAGCAUGGAGGAGGAGGUGUUAAGGUGUGGAGGUGCUUUGCUGGUGACACUGUUGGUGAUUUAUUUAGAAUUCAAGGCACACUUAACCAGCAUGUUUACCACAGCAUUCUACAGCAAUACGUGAUCCCAUCUGGUUUGCGCUUAGUGGCACUUUUAUUUAUUUUUUAACAGGACAAUGACCCAACACACCUCCAGGCUGUGUAAGGGCUAUUUGAACAAGGAGAGUGAUGGAGUGUUGCAUCAGAUGACCUGGACUCCACAAUCACCCGACCUCAACCCAAUUGAGAUGGUUUGGGAUGAGUUGGACCGCAGAGUGAAGGAAAAGCAGCCAACAAGUGCUCAGCAUAUGUGGGAACUCCUUCAAGACUGUUGGAAAAGUAUUUCAGAAAGUCCAGCCUCAUGCCCUAGCUGUGGACCUGGGCUGUGGGACAGGGCAGAACUCACGCCUGAUGGCCCCACACUUCCAGGAAGUGGUGGGCAUCGACAUCAGCGAGUGCCAACUGGAGGAGGCCAGGGCAGUGACAGGGUUCAACAACAUCACCUACAGGAAAGGGACAGCUGAGGAGCUGCCGUUUCCGGAUGCUUCUGUGGACCUACUGACUGCAGCCUCAGCGGCCCAUUGGUUUGACCAGCAGCGGUUCCUCUUGGAGGCAGGCCGGGUCCUGAAGCCUUGUGGCUGCAUGGCUCUGCUUGGCUUUGCUGAUAACUUCAGACUCCAUUACGGCUCAUGUGGGGACAGACUCACUGACAUCUGUGAUGAGUUCAAGAAGGUGCUGUUACCAUACACCAGCACACGGGUAGCAUUGGCCAACAUGAAACUACAGGAGCUUUACACUGCUAUCCCCUUCCCUGACAAAAAGAGGGUUGACUGUAUCCCACUGAAGCAGCAGAUCUCAGUGAGGAACAUAGUGGGCUUCAUGGAGUCCUUCUCCAUGUACCAGGCCUUACAGAGGGCCGAGCCUGAUGCUGCCACCGCACUGCUGCAGAGAACACUUGACAGGUUUCUGAAGGAGAUGGGAGUCACAUCACCAGACACACUCAUGGAAGUGACGCUGGAGUAUUUCUGUGUCCUGGCGUGUAAACCGGAGUGAACACUCUUUACAGUGUGAAUGUGUUUGUGUGUAGACAGAUGUUUCUUAAGCUUGUGUCAAUCAUGUUUAAGCUGUUGUUAAGUAGUAUUCUGUUCACAUAAGAUGUCAUUGAAGUCCCCUUGGUUGUCUCUUUUAUGCAUUGUAAUGUAGAGCAAACUAUUAGCCUUAGUCACAUCAUUAUCAAAAUGGUUGCCACAUUUAGUAUCUUCCUUGCCUGAGAUUGACAAUAAAAUGUCUGCAGACACAAUCAUAA